UUUAUCAUCUCGACCAAUGCCGGCGAGGAAAGGUCUGUUAGCUCCCCAGAAUACGUUCUUGGACACCAUCGCCACCCGGUUCGAUGGAACGCACAGCAACUUUGUCCUCGGCAAUGCACAAGUGCCCAAGCUGUACCCGAUUGUUUACUGUUCGGACGGAUUCUGCGACCUGACGGGAUUUCCUCGAGCGCAGAUCAUGCAGAAGGGGUGUGCCUGCACCUUCCUCUACGGCCCCGAAACGAAGGAGGAGCACAAACUAGAGAUCGAACAAGCCCUCGAGAGCAAGAUGGAGCUCAAACUUGAGGUCAUGUUUUACAAAAAGAACGGUCCCUUCUGGUGUCUUCUGGACAUAGUUCCCAUCAAAAAUGAAAAGCACGAAGUGGUCUUGUUUCUUGCCUCUCACAAAGACAUCACUAAAACGAAAACGGCUGAAAUGGAAAUCGAUGAGGAAGGGGAAGAAAAUGAGAUCGAGAACCAGCUGGAAGUUGAAGGGUGCUUACCAAGCAACCAUUACCAACGGAGAAGAAGUAGGGCUGUAUUGUACCAACUGUAUGGGAACUAUAGACAGGACAAGAUGAAAUCAAAGCUUAAACUAAACAAUAAUCUCCUACACACAGCGGCUUUGCCUGAAUACAAAGCAGCAGCCAUUAAGAAGUCUCGUUUCAUCUUGUCUCAUUACGGAGUGUUUAAGACGUGCUGGGAUUGGUUGAUCCUAAUCGGAACAUUCUACGUUGCAUUCGUUGUGCCAUACAAUGCCACCUUUCAGGAUCCCAAUGAGACUCCUUUGUUCAACAAGACAAUCAUCACAGAUGUGAUUAUGGAGUCUAUUUUUAUCAUAGAUAUUAUUCUAAAUUUUCGUACAACGUAUGUAAACAAGAAAGGAGAAGUUGUCGCCAAACCCAAAUCCAUCGCCAUCAACUAUGUCAAGGGAUGGUUCAUUGUUGAUCUCCUCGCUGCCUUACCUUUUGAUCUCCUUUAUGCUAUUAGUCUUUAUAGUAGGAGUACUUUGAUGCACCUCCCUAAACUCACGAGACUGCUUCGCCUUGCUCGCCUUCUUCAAAAAAUGGAUCGGUACUCGCAAUACAGCGCGAUCAUCCUCACCCUCCUCAUGCUCAUGUUCUCUCUCUUAGCCCACUGGAUGGCAUGCAUCUGGUACGUCAUAGCAGAGGCGGAAAUCAAAGCCAACCCUCCAGAUUGGGACGUUGGUUGGCUCCAUCAACUGGCAAUAAAACUAGGCGUGAACCAAACAAAUAUCACCACGGAUACUACUACUACUUACAUUACAGCCUUAUACUUUACUACCACUAGCCUAACCAGUGUUGGUUUCGGAAAUGUUUCUGCAAACACGAAUGCUGAAAAAGUUUUCUCCAUACUUAUAAUGCUAGUUGGAGCCUUGAUGCAUGCCGUGGUAUUUGGCAACGUGACUGCUAUCAUCCAGAGGAUGUAUUCUCGCCGUUCUCAAUACCAAACGAAGCUUCGAGAUCUGAAGGACUUCUUUAGGCUUCAUCAGAUCCCCAAGCAGCUGAGACAGAGGAUGACCGAUUACUUUCAAACUAUUUGGUCACUCAACCACGGUAUAGAUCCCAACGAGGUGCUACGGGAAUUCCCGGACGAACUGCGAGGAGACGUUUCAAUGCACCUGCACAAAGAGAUCCUCUCCCUCCCCAUCUUCGAAAACGCUCCUCAAGGCUGCCUCAAGAUGCUGUCUCGUCACGUGAAGAGCAACUUCUGCGCCCCGGGAGAAUAUUUGGUGCACACUGGAGACGCUUUAACGAACAUUCAUUUGGUCUGCAACGGGUCCAUGGAAGUUCUGCAGCAAGGAAUGGUCGUGGCUAUACUCGGGAAAGGGGACUUGGUUGGAUGUGAUAUUGCGGUGAAUGGUCUCGACCCGGUGCUCAAGUCUUCAAGCGACGUAAAAGCGCUCACAUAUUGUGAUCUCAAAUGCAUCCACAUUCCAGGAUUGAUGGAGGUGCUCAAGCUCUAUCCUGAGUUUGCUCAGACUUUUUGUCACGAUAUCCUGCAUGAUCUGACUUAUAACCUAAGAGAAGGAUACGAAAAUGAGAUGGAUGAAGGCAACGGGGCGCCGUCACUGACGCUGCCGUCAAUUUCGGAAGACGACGAGAAUAAUGACAGCGACGGAACGGCACCCGCCUCACCCAUGUCGCCCUGUCUGACAAUCAAUAGGAACAAUGAUGAAAAUUGGGAAAAUAAAGUUCAUCAGUUUAGGAGGACAUUUCAAGGUCACCGUCCAACCGUAAGAUUUGAAAAGCUAAGACCUGCAGCCACGCAUCCAAAUUUAGGAAGGUCAUGGGAAAUGUUCGACAUCCGAGAUGAAAUCGAAAUGACAAAGAACUCAGUCGAGCGUCUGGAUUCUCAAAUGACUUCUCUCACGCAGGAUGUCGCUACUCUGAGCCAAGAAGUGCGGACCACCUUAGCUCUGUUGCAACAAGUGUGUGAACGCGGAGGAGGCGCAUUCGCUCCUCAGACGACUCAGUCUUGCGAGUUCCUGCCCAGCCGGCAGUUGCCAACCAAUCCGUUCCUGCCACGUAGAUCCUCCUCGCAACCUCUACGAGUCCCCAGCCCCGGAGACACCGAAGAGGAUGAAGAGCAGACCCCGUCCACCGUCAACUCCGAGACCCAAACGGACUGGUUCCUGCUGGACGAGAUCAUCCUCAGUCGGAGGAUCGGAACUCAGGCGGAUCCGGGUUCACCUCCCCCAAACUCGGGCUACUCCUCCUGCUCGUCGAACGAAGACAGAGUCCGAUUUCUCAUAGGACAUCCCUCGAUGACUACGCAACGCGAUGCUGUGGACGCUGACUUUGGGUCGGUGGACGAGGGGCCGACGUUGAGAAGUGGCAACAGCAGCUCCGGAGCGCACUUUGUGAGAACCGCGAGUAAUGAGAUACUGGUUCCGGGUUUGAUGCCAACCGGUCGAAGAUCCUCUGCGUUCGUUAGUGGUUACUGGAGCACGUUAAAUUCGUGGUCAGGAGGUCCUCCAAAUGAAUUAAUACCUAUGGAGGUGCUGGAUCAUACGGGGGACCCUGGAGUGUGA